ACACCUCCCACAAGUAGCCUCUAAUUCUUCACCCUCAUCACACCCCAACUUAAAAAAAAAAAAUGUCCCUUCUUUCCUCCGGUGGCUUCUUUGGGCGCAGAAGAAACGAGCCACCACCCCAUCAACCAACAUGGGACCCCUACCAAGCCCAAGAGCACCACCCACCCCCCUUCAUGUCGCCAGUCCUCGACACCUUCCACAUAGAGUGGAAGGAGACCCCGGAGGCGCACGUCUACAAGGCGCACCUCCCGAGUUACAAGCGCAACGACGUGCGCCUCGAGGUCGACGAGGACCGUGUGCUCUGCAUCGUCUGCGACAAGAGCGUCGAGAAGGAGGAGCAGCGUGAAGGCUGGCACCGCGUCGAGCUCUCUAACGGACAGUUCGUUCAGCGCCUCACUUUGCCUGAGAACUCCAUGGUGGACCUUGUUAAGGCCUAUAUGGAUAACGGGGUGCUCACUAUCAACGUUCCGAAGAAACACCACAGAGGGGUCAAUAACCGUGUUAGAAACAUUAACAUCUCUUCUCGUCCCUGAGUGUUGUUGUUGUACGUGUGUGCGAGUCUCGUCUCAUGAAAGAAUUGAAACCUAGCUAAUCGCUAUUUGUAUAAGAAACACGGUCGUCUAAAUAAAUAAAUAAACAAUAACAAAAGUUUAUGUGUUCAA